UUGUCUGUGUCUGUGAGGGAGACAAAAAAAUUGUAGAUUAAAUAUUUCACUAAGUGAUAUUUCUAUGCAUUUUUUAUAUAAAUAUUAGUGAAUAAAAUCAGAUGCUUUAAAAGUAAUUAAUUUUGUGAUAUUAAUAUUGUGGAUUAUGCCACGUUUAAAUAAAUACUCGUCGAUUUAAAUUAGCUUUGUUCAGUGCAAACUACAAUCGCCUGUUCGAGUCUAAAUCAAUAUGGCUGACGCCGGAUUAAAUUUGUCAAAAGGAUUUGUUUACGGCGGCAUUGACAGGGUUCACGACACUUUUGAAUAUUCAAAUUAUCGGAUUAUAUCUGAAGUUCUAACAUAUUGGAGCUGUUAAUUUAAAAUCUAAUUUACUAUAAUUUAUUAUGAUAUUUAGAAAGACUGGCAAUAAACAAAUUAAAUGAAAAAAAUAAAUAAAUUAAUCAUAACGCAUUUUGCAUUCGAGCGGAUAAAGUUCCCGUUAACUAUAGGUGUGUGUGAUUGAUGGUGGAUGGAUAGUGACUGGUGAAUUUAUCAGAAGUAAACAGUACUGAGCAUGGAAGUUAGUUUCACCCGCAAUGUGGCAGUAUGAGCGGACGCAAUGAACCCGCCUCACCCUUUGGAGCUUCUGCAACGGUGCCACUCAUGGGCGCGGACGCGGCGGGCGCGGGCGGCGCGGACGGCGCGGACGAGCCGCCGCGCAAGCGCAGUCGCGGGGCGGCGCCGGACUCGCUGCGCGCGCGCGUGCUGGAGCAGCAGCUGCUGCGGCUGCGCGCGCUGCGCGAGCGCUUCACGGAGCAGCUCAGCGAGCUGUACUUCCUGCAGGCCAGCGGCAACAUGAUGGACUACGCGGCGUGGCGCCAGCGCCCGCCCGCGCCGCCGCUGGCCGCGCUGCUGCAGGCGCCGCCCGCGCCGCCCGCCGACGAGAUGCUGGAGAAGGCCAAGCAGGAGGCCUACGUGGCGGCGCGCGUGGCCGAGCUGGCGCGCGCGGGCCUGUGGGCCGAGCGCCGCCUGCCGCGCGUGCUCGAGCCGCCGCGCGGCAAGACGCACUGGGACUACCUGCUGGAGGAGAUGGCGUGGCUGGCGCAGGACUUCGCGCACGAGCGCAAGUGGAAGAAGCAGGCCGCCAAGAAGUGCGCGCGAGCGGUCCAGAAGUACUUCCAAGACAAGGCGGCUGCGGCGCAGAAGGCGGAGAAGGCGCAAGAGCUGCAACUGAAGAGGAUAGCCGCCUUCGCCGCCAAGGAGAUUAGGAUGUUCUGGUCCAACGUGGAGAAGCUGGUGGAGUGGAAGCGCGAGCGGCGCGUGGAGCGCGCGCGCAAGGAGGCGCUGGACGAGCAGCUCAGCUACAUCGUGGACCGCACGGAGCGCUACUCGCGCCAGCUGGCCGCCGGCCUGGCGCCGGCGCGCGCGUCCGACGACGAGUUCGAGCCGCGCGACAGCUCGGACGACGACGAGGAGACCAUCGCGGCGGCCGAGCGCGACGAGCGCGGCGCCGACACGGCCGCCGAGCUGGACGCGCUGCGUCUGGAGGCGCGCGUGUCGCUGCAGGAGCUGCUGCCGCCGGGCUACGAGCCGGCGCACUCGCCGCCGCCGUCCGAGCGCGCGGCCUCGCCCGGCGCCGACGCGCUGGGCGCACUGGUGCGCGACGGCGCGGGCGGCGUGGACGCGGCGGCCGAGCUGGCCGCGUCGCUGCAGCCCACGGGCACCACGCUGUCGGCCUCGCCCGCCGGCACGCCCGUGCCGCGCCUGUUGCGCCACGCGCUGCGCGAGUACCAGCACGUGGGCCUGCACUGGCUGGCCACCAUGCACGCGCGCCGCCUCAACGGCAUCCUGGCCGACGAGAUGGGGCUGGGCAAGACCAUCCAGACCAUCGCGCUGCUGGCGCACCUGGCGCUGGAGCGAGGCGACUGGGGGCCGCACCUCGUGGUGGCGCCCACCUCGGUGGUGCUCAACUGGGAAAUCGAGUUCAAGAAAUGGUGCCCCGCCUUCAAGAUCCUCACCUACUACGGCACCAUCAAGGAGCGCAAGCUCAAGCGCGUGGGCUGGACCAAGGCCAACUCUUUCCACGUGUGCAUCACGUCGUACAAACUAGUGGUGCAGGAUCACCAGAGCUUCCGGCGCAAGAAGUGGCAAUACCUGAUCCUCGACGAGGCGCAGAACAUCAAGAACUUCAAGUCGCAGCGCUGGCAGCUGCUGCUGAACUUCCAGACGGAGCGGCGCCUGCUGCUGACCGGCACGCCGCUGCAGAACAGCCUGCUGGAGCUGUGGUCGCUCAUGCACUUCCUCAUGCCCGACGUGUUCGCGUCGCACUCCGAGUUCCGCGAGUGGUUCGCGCCCGUGGCCGGGCUGGCGGCCGCCGGCACGGAGCGCGACGCGGAGGCGCGUCUGCUGCGCCGCCUGCACGGCGUGCUGCGCCCCUUCCUGCUGCGCCGCCUCAAGGCCGACGUGGAGCGCCAGAUGCCGCGCAAGUACGAGCACGUGCUGCUGUGCCGCCUGGCGCGGCGCCAGCGCGCGCUCUACGACGACUUCAUGGCGCGCGCGCACACGCAGCAGAGCCUGGCGUCCGGCAACCUGCUCAGCGUCAUCAACGUGCUCAUGCAGCUGCGCAAGGUGUGCAACCACCCCGACCUGUUCGAGCCGCGCCCCGUGCAGUCGCCGCUGGCGCUGCCGCCGCUGCUGCUGCGCGUGCCGGCGCGCGCGCUGUUGCCCGACGUGGCGGCGCGCGCGCUGCUGGCCGCGCGCCUCGGCGGCGACCUGGCCUCGCUCGAGGCGGCCGGCGCGCACGCCUUCGCCGCGCACCGCGCGCGCCACCUGGCGCCGCCGCGUCGCCUCGUGGCCGAGCUGCCCGCGCGCGCGCCGCGCCCGCCGCCCGCGCGCCUGCGCCUGCACCUGCGCCUCGUGCCGCGCGCGCCGCCGCCCGCCGCGCCGCCGCCCGCGCCGCCGCCGCGCGCCGCCCCGCCGCCCGCGCCCGCGCCGCCGCCCGCCGCCGGCGCCGCCGCGCGCCUGCUCGCGCACCGCCUGCACUGCGCGCGCCGCGCCGCCGCCGUCAACGAGCGGCGCUGCUGGCGCCUGCCGCUGUGGGGCGCCGACCUGCGCGCGGCGCUGAGCGUGGGCGCGCCGCUCGUGCCGCCGCGCGACCUGGCCGCGCUGCGCGACGACAUGCUGCCCACCAUCGACAGGUUCGGCGUGUGCUGGAGCGCGUGCCGCGCCGCCGCGCCGCAGCUGGUGGCGGGCGCGGGCGCGGGCGCGCGCGACUGGCGGCGGCGCGCGCGCGGCGCGGAGGCGGCGGCCGAGCGCGGCGCGCGCGCGCUGCUGGCGCUGCUGCACGCGGCGGCGGCGCGCGCGGCCGUGGCCUUCCCGCACCCGCGCCUGCUGCAGUACGACUGCGGCAAGCUGCAGACGCUGGCCGCGCUGCUGCGCCGCCUCAAGGCGGGCGCGCACCGCGUGCUCAUCUUCACGCAGAUGACGCGCGUGCUCGACGUGCUGGAGGCCUUCCUCAGCCUGCACGGCCACACCUACCUGCGCCUGGACGGCGCCACGCGCGUGGACGCGCGCCAGCCGCUCGUGGACCGCUUCAACGCCGACGCGCGCGUGUUCGCCUUCAUCCUGUCCACGCGCAGCGGCGGCGUGGGGCUCAACCUCACGGGCGCCGACAGCGUGGUGUUCUACGACUCCGACUGGAACCCCAGCAUGGACGCGCAGGCGCAAGACCGCUGCCACCGCAUCGGGCAGACGCGCGACGUGCACGUGUUCCGCCUCGUCACGGCCGCCACGGUGGAGGAGAACAUCCUGCGCAAGGCGCAGCAGAAGCGCGCGCUGGGCCACCUGGCCAUCGAGGACGGCCACUUCACCACGGCCUCGCUGCGCGCCGACUGCCUGGCCGAGCUGCUGGGCGCGCCGGCCGCGCGCGGCGUGGCGCCCGCCGAGCUGGAGGGCGCGCUGGCGGCGGCGGAGGACGCGGCGGACGCGGCGGCGGCGGCGGCGGCGCGCGCAGAGGCGCAGGGCGCGCUGGCCGAGUUCGACGAGGCGCUGCCGCUGGAGCCCGCGCCCGCGCCGCGCGCCGACCCGCACCAGGCCGAGCUGGCGGCGCUCAUGAAGCAGCUGACGCCGGUGGAGCAGUACGCCAUGCGCCUGGUGGAGAGCAGCGAGGCGGCGGGCGAGGCGGAGCGCGCCGCGCUGGCCGACAUGCGGCGCCGCCUGCAAGAGUGGGAGGCGGCGCGCGCCGCGCUGCGCGAGCCCGAGCCCGAGCCCGCGCCCGCGCCCGCGCCCGAGCUCACGUACUGCCGCGACGACGCGCGCGUCAAGGUGUGGCUCAGCGGCAGCGGCGACUCCAUGCCGCUGUGGGGGCCGCCCACGCCGCCCGCCUCCGACGGCGACGUGUACUGCGACCGCUGGGCGCGCGCGCUCUACCGCGCCGGCGCCGCGCCCGACGCGCUGCUGCCGCCCUGCCGCUGGCGCGAGCGCGCGCCCCGCGAGCCGCGCCGCGCCCGCCCCGCGCCGCGCGCCGCGCACGCGCCGCCCUCGCUGUUCGAGCGCGCCGGGCCCCGCCCGCGAGCGCGCGCCCGCGCCGCGCCGCCGCCCGCGCGCUCGCCGCCCGCGCCGCCGCCCGACUGGGCGCCCGCCGAGGACGCGGCGCUGCGGCGCGCGUUGCGUCUGCAGCGCCUGCCCGCCGAGCCGCCCGCCGCGCACGCGCCCAACUGGGACUGGCUGGCCGACCUGGUGGCCGACGCCGCGCGCGCCUACCGCUCGCCGCGCGCCUGCCGCGAGCGCCACGACGCGCUGGCCGACCCCGAGCGCGCGCGCCGCCGCCACCGCAAGCCGCCGCCGCGCCGCCGCGCGCCCGACGACGCGCCGCGCCCGCCGCUGGCGCGCCUCGACGCCAUGCGCGACGCGGCCGAACGCCGCCGCGCCGCGCCGAAGCGCCGCCUGGACGACGCGGCCGCGCGCAACCCCAAGCACGCGGCGCUGCUGCUCGAGCACGGCGUGCUGUACGACGCGCCGCCCUCGCCCAUGCGGGUGGCCGAGCGCCGCGCCGAGCGCAUCGCCAAGGAGAAGUUGAAGGCGGCCGGCGCGCCACCGCCCACACCCGCGCCUCCGCCCGCGCCCGCCCCCGCGCCCGCUCCCGCCUCCGUCCCCGCCCCCGCGCCCGCUCCGCGCGUGGUGGUGGCGGGCGAGGCGGCGCGGCGCGCGCGCGACGGCCCGGCGGCGCAGCUGCUGUACCGGCAGCAGACGCUGGCGGCGCGGCACCACCUCAAGAUCCUGCACCACGCGGCGCCCGCGCCGGGACAGGCCGAGCCCGCGCUGCGCACGCUGCAGCUGCAGCAGCUAGCGCUGAGACGCGCGCGCGCCGCGCCGCCGCCCGCGCACGUGGUGCUGGCGCACCUAGCGCCCGCCCCGCCCGCCACGUCCGCCCCGUCCGCCGCGCCCGCCCCGGCCGUCGCGCCCGCCCCGCCCGCCCCGCCCGACGCGCCGCAGUAG